UAAUUUUUGGACGGCGGUGCAUGGUUGCCUGUCGUAGCAUAGCACAUUUUUAUUUUAUUAAUAAUUUAUAUAUCAAAGUAUAUUGUGAUUACAGCCUUGAUAUACACAACUAUUAUUGUUAAAGUUGAACGGCCUGAAACGGCCUGAAAUGCCCGUUCAGCGACCGCUAAUUUAAAAGACGGCUGUCGACGGCAUAAUAAAUAAAUAAACAUUGAUUCUAGAGAUGAGAAUAUCGAUGCAAUAUUGUGGAAAAAAUUAUCACGAUUUUACAUUAAAUCGUUGUAUUGACAUAGCACUACAAUACAAGCAGGUGGGAUUUGGACAGGGACAGCCAGGCAUGGUUAAGCCAUGUAGUGGUAAGGCAUUUAUGUGACUAGGGACAGGUCCUCUUAAGACUCAACAGAUAUUCAGUCAGAUACUUAACACACCUGAGAUAUUACUGGAAGCAUUCCUUAGAUCCAAAAGGAUACUUCAGCAUAUAAUUCAGACUGUCCCUAGUCACAUAAAUGACUGACAUAUAAAAAAUGAGACAACACAGACUGACCCUGUUCCCCCAGCACAUAACUAUAGCAUCAUAAAAACUAUGGAUUCAGACAUGGGGGUGACACCGUGGCCCUGUCAGAAUAUAACACCAGACAGGAACCCUGAGAUACGCAAAAGAGAUGUGUCCUUAGUUUGAUGUUGGGCGGUGGGACACACCUUUCCAUGUGCCCUUGUUGUUGUGGUGGUUCUGUCACUUAACUUGAUCUGCCUUGGAAAAACAGAGAGUGGGGAGGAGAGAGAGAGGAGUAGAGAGAUGAAAGACAGAGUACUGUGUGGGCUAUAUAGGUUUACUGCUCACCCAGCAAGACAAACUGUAUCUCCUCCUCCAUUUUCUGUCUGUAUUUCUAUUUCUCUGUGCUUGUCUUUAUUUAAUAGAAUUUACCUUAGAGAGCGUAUCGCCUGCUACUACACCUCUUGCUGACUUAAUGUGGAAAAUACGCAUAUUAUAGGUAUUGUCGUGCUGUAUUUAGUGGGAGGGUAAGGGUUGCUGAACCACGCUGCAAGAUGACAGACUACCAGGAGCUCCUUCACACCAUCAGGGAUCUGCAGCCCUCCACACUCAGUUAUAUCGAGAUCCUUCAAGAUGAGGUGAAGAGGAACCAGGAUAGGCCUCCGGAGAAGGCUAAAACGGACGAGGACUGCGAGGACAGUGCAGGAAAGCCACAGUCUUCGGCGAAGGAGCGUCAAGGACUCACCAACCUGUUGCCGGCGCCUUACUCAAUCCCCCGGACGCUGGCCGUGUCCCCCAGCUUAGGAGGGCUGCCCAUCACACCCGAGCUCGCUGGCAACUUAAGGAGGAUUUUGUUUGGCAAUACUUUUCACGUAUUCAACUACGAGUGGAAAAAGUCCUUCUUCAAGUUUAGGGAGCCUUACUCAGACCUGUCCUAUGCUCUUGAGGCAGAAAAGGGAGGAUCUCGUGCCAUUCAAAUGGUGGUCCAAGCAAACAUUAUAAAAUAUUUGCUUUUUACCUGCCACAACAAUUCAGACGGUUGCAGACUCCAAAGUCUGAGGGAGGUGGAUGAGAAGGAGCAGGAGAGGGCUCUGGCCGCCGCACUGACUGACAUCUUGUGGGCAGCUGGUGAGGAGAGGGGUGUCACCGUCUCCUUGGUCACAUCCGGCUACUGUUUCACACCCCACUUGGACUACAAACUGGACAACAUCACUGAGAGAUUGCAGCUUUUUAGUUUCAACAAGAAAAAGGAUGUCAGGAGUUUCAUCUAUGAGCAUAUUCAAUGCUUUAAAGAUGAAGGAAGUCAUGGAGUCAUCCUGUUUCUCUACAGCUUAAUCUUAUCAAGGACUAUCACCAGGUUGAGGGAAGACCUUGACUGUACCACCUCUCACCUGCUUCAUUUAAGCCUCGGGAACUUUGGGUGUCAUCAGGCACUAAUGAAUCUUCUGCUAACGGGCCGAGCCAGUCCAAAUGUAUUCAAUGGAACUCUGCACUAUGGUGAGGAUGGCAGCCCUCUGGAGAAGCCCCUUCAUGGAGUCCUGGCUCGCAGUGAUGUUGGCUACCUACACUGGAGCCGUGAGCUUCUAGAGCGCAAUCAGCUGCCCAUGGUGGGGAGCAUGCUGAAAACGCCCAAGCUGCCCAUCUGGCUGUGCAGUAUCAAUGGCACCUACAGCGUCCUCUUCAGUCCAAACCGCUGCCUACUCUCCGACUGGAAGAUGGAGCACCUGUUCCACUUGUACUUCUACAAUGGCCAGCUAACACAACAAAGCACAGCCCUGCUGACUGUCGACACUCACUCUCACCACUGGGAGAUAGGGGUAAAGGACACCCAGGGAGACCCAGAGAAGAGGUUCCCAUCCGUGGAGAUGACCAUUAGGACCAAAUGGGAGGGAGCUGCCAUAGACUGGAACAACACUGUGCCUUUUUUCUGACGUUGAUCUGGAUUCCCUAGGAAGCAUUAGGGUGGCCAAAAUGCACAAAAUAAAUGUCUGUCAAUACGAUAUAUAGCGGGGAGAAUUGAUUUGGCAGAAGCACUGUUAUACGUUUUCAACUAACAGAUAUCUGUUCUGAUGUUUGGUACAGUGGAUUGAAUCCAGGCUUUAGUGAAUUUUGUUUAUUAGGAUCCCCAUGAACUUUUCUUCAUGACACACCUGCCUUAGCACAGUAAAUAAAACAAAACAUAGCAGUAAUACAAUGCAAUGAUCAAGGGUAGCGCUACAUGAAUUAAAAAUGUGACAUUUUGAAAAUGAGGUAAAUGCAAAUAAUUUGUUUGUACUGUAUAACAUCUGUUGCGAGUCAUUUUUGUAUGCCUAUAUACAUUUUCUAUCAGACAUACCUAGCCACAUUAACAAACAGUUUUAGUAACUGUUAUCAAGUGAGGAAAUGUCUUUGCAAUAAAACUACACAACAUAACUAUUUGAUAUAUGUUUACAGACUUUACAUUUGUCAGUUUUGAAUAUACUUUGAGUCGGUGCUCACCUAAACGUUCAACUGAUGAAAAAAACGUGUCAUACUGAAUUGUGUGAGAUAGAAAAUGUAAUCUAAGAUGAAGAGAACCAGAGUAAACACAAAAUUCAGUGUUGAAAUGAUAAUUGUAUUUGUUCCAAAAUCUAUUGGCCCUGGCUCCACUGAACUUUAUAACUGCUGACACCACCUUUUAACAGCAACAACUGUAACCAAAUACUUCCUAAUUGGAGAUCUGUCUUUCACAUCACUGUGGAGGAAUCUUGGACCCUCUCUUUAUAGAAUUGCUGUAAUUCAGUAAUAUGCUUUGGCUAGGCCACUCCAAAACCUUAAUGUCGUUUCUUUUGACACAUUCUGUGGUGGACUUUUGUUGUUUAGGAUCAUUGUCCUGCUGCAUAACCCAUUACGCUUUAGAUAAUGGACUGAUGACCAGACAUUCUCCUUCAUCGUUUUCUGGUAGAGAGCAGUAUUCAUUAAUUCAAACUUCAAUGAUGGCAUGUCUUCCAGGCCCAGAGGCAGCAAAGCAUCCCCACACCAUCGCACUACCUCCACCAUUUUUGACUUUUGGAAUGAUGUGUUUGCUUUAUGCCAGACAUAACGUGAACUGUGUCUUCCAAAAAGGUCCAUUCAAAAUGGCUUGGGGGUCCUCAAUAUGAGACAAGCACCAAUGUUUUUCUUAGCAGUGGUUUACAUCUUACAAUUCUACCUUGAAUUCAAUUUUUGCCUAGUUUUUUCCUUAUUGUUAAAUCAUGAACGCUGACUUAGUUGAGGGUAGAGAGGCAGUUCCUUCGAUUUUUUCCUCUGUGUUUUUGUGACUUCCUGGAUGUGUCGUUGCUGUGCCAUUGGAGAAUUUUUGGUAGGCCGGCCACUUCUGGCCACUGUUCCACCUUUUCUCCAUUUCGAGAUAAUGUCUAACAUUGUGGUUUGCUGGAGUCCCAGAGCUGUAGACAUGGCUUUCUAGACUAUCAUCAAAAAAUGUCCCAUCACUUUCUGAAGUUAUUCAGAUUGCGGCAUGUUGUGUGACUUGUUGGGACCUUCUAGCCUACAUCACAUUGACGGUGAAGUUCAAUAUCCAUCAUUGUUUAGAUUGAACAGGGCUGGCAGUAAUCAAGCCUGGGUGUCUUUGCUCUAAUUUAAUCCAAUGAUCAAUUUAAUUUGUUUAAUGGGUUGAUAGAGUAAUAAAGGGGGCAAUUACUUUUUGACACAAGGAUAACUUUUUUCCUUUAAAAAGAAUAUAUAUAAUUUAAACACUGAAUGUUGGGUUUACUCUGGUUCUAUUUUUCUAAUAUUACAUUUUGUAUGAAUAUCUGAAACUAUUCAGUGUGACAAAUAUGCAAUAAUAGAAACAAUCAGAAAAGACGCAAAUACUUUUCACAGCAAUUUCUGUAUUGAUACCGGGAUGGUAUUCUCCAAAUCGUGUCCAUGCAUGUAUUAAAUUUUUUUGCCCUUCUGCACACCACUGUUAUAUCUGUACUGGUUCAUUGCUA